AUGCCACCCGAUCGCUCAACAAAACGCAACGAGUGUAUUGCUUUAGGAAAAGAAAUAGAUCUCUCUAGAAUAAAGAUGGCUCCUUGUACUAGGUGUUCGAAAUCUGGUUUCGGCAACGAGUGUACCGCCCCUCGCGACAAAAGUCUCAGUCGCUGCGGACGGUGUACAAAAAAUGGAAAGACUUGCGACAUCCGCGAAGUAAACCGGAUGCCGACUGUUCGUGACUGGGAGUCCGUUGAUGCCCAGAUUCAGCGUCUCGAGGACGAAGCUGACGAGGCUCUGGCAAAAGUCCUUCGAGCCAAUAAGCAGAAAAAGCUGCUUUAUGCUCGGAAACAACGGAUGAUAGCGGCUGGUCUUAAUUUCCUUGAAGAAUUGGAUGCCGCUGAAGAAUUGGAAAGGAAAGAGAAGGAACGGGAGAGAAACGAGCAAAGGGAGAAAGAAGCCGCUCGUCUGGCCGCCCUUCCGAUCCCUACUGCCUCCGACCCCUUUCCCGACCUGGUUCUCGAUCCUGCUUUCCUCGAGACCCUCUCAGGCGACCCUGAGAUGUGGGCAACCCUGGGUUUCGGCGAUGGAACUCCUGAAGUUCCUCCGAGUACUGGGUAA